UCAAAUGAAAUCUGUUCCUGAAAAGGUUUUAAUAUAACAUCCAUCUCUUAAUCUGGUUGAUGGUGUACGGGAGAGCUGUGCAGAGUCUAACGUUACAAUAAUCUCUCAUUUUAAGGGUAUGGGUGCUGCAGGAUCAACAUUCCGACAGUGCGACAUUGAGAUUGUGAAUGAAUGUCCAACCUACACAUUUGUCAACCCAAGGACAUACAUUUAUAGUGGAAACUGUGCCACACCUUUUCCAUCGACUAUUGCCCCUGGAGCCUCUGGGAGUGCACUGUUCUCCAAGUAUGCAGACGCAGCUACAGGAUGUGUUGGCCUCCUUACCUACGAUCUCCUGAACGAGGAUACAAAUCAGACAGCUGAGAAAAUAGCUGUCAUGUUUUCUGCGCCCUUUAAUUUCAACUUCUACUCCAACUUGUACGCAGUGGGAGUUUUUAAUCUGAGAAGAGCGUGUGAAGUUGGUCUUUAUGAAGAGAUGUACUAUGGCGAACAAACCACGUUUAGGAGACGUAUACCGGAUGGCUCCUCUCUGUGUUAUGUGGGGGAUCACAUAACCAUCAUGGCAACAAUGUCAGAUUCUUACCAACCUGUCAUCAAGAUGCAAGUUAGCCAAAACAAGAAAUGAGUGAGUAGUGGCUCUCAAUAAUGAAUCAUCAGGGUUAAAGGUAUCAGAGUUUUAAUUAGCUCUCGUUGUCAAAUCAGUAAUUGCUUUGUACUUGGCUGCAUUUUGGGUCAUCUGUGUUACACAGAUACAUAACAAAAAGUCACAUGACUUGAAAGCCUGCAACGUCUUAUACUAUUCUCUUUAUCUGCAUCUCUGCACCUUUGAAUAUGUACAAUUACUUUUACCGGGGUUCAAUUAUAUCACAACUUAUUAAGUCUGACAUUUGUGGGAAAAUGCUUUGAAAAUCUAAAUAAUUUCAAAUUGUUAUGAUUCCCUAUU